AUGUCGAUAGACGAAUUCUCUCUCAAAGUCAAAGAGGUAGUCAACCAACUUUCUUCCUGUGAUACUAGACCGUUUCCAGUAUGGUACCGAGAUUUCUUCAUAGCAACAGUAUUGUCGAUUGUAGAUACAGGAUAUCUGGCGCCACUGAUUGAGAAAGAGAAGGAGCAUGUACAGUGCCCUAGGAUGAUCUUAGAGGAUAGUGCUGCCAAGGGCUUCAAGAACGCAUUGAAGCAUAAAUUCACGUUGAAGUCGAUGGGUCGGAAUGAUACAUUACCAGUUGACAUCGCCUUGUUGAGUUACAUCAGAGCUGCCGGAGCCAUUGUCAUUAUUGAGAUUCCGCAAGCUGAAUUCCUCAACACAACAUCGAGCAAGAGUCUCUGUUCAAAGCCCUUACUGGCUGGAUGCGCCUUCGGUCAGCCUCGAGGCUCGUCCGGAAACUCGCAUAGACAAUUCUGUACUUCGAACUUCCCACUUCGGCUGGGGGUCGUCAUCUCGACCGUCCGCCUAUAG